GCGAAACACGUAGGAUUGAGAAAGUAAGUUUGUUAACUUUUCUGACUUGAGUCUGUUUGAAUAAGUCUUCGAGAUAUAUAUUUACACAUCCCAGUAACCUGCGAUACUUACAAGAUUCAAAAUCAAUCAGAUUGUAAAGUGUUGAAGUGUCAUUUACACGUUAGCAGUGGAAAACUGUAAAAAUCUUACAAUAUGGUCGUUCAGAAAAGAUCAACUACAGUUACAUCCAGCGCAACAUUUGUACAUUCGGCAACGCCAUCUAAACUUCCUCGACCGAAUUCACGGCCACCAUCUCGAGUACUCAAACCAAUGGACAUUCCAAAUACGAAUAUCAGUGGCUCAAAGGAAAAUUUGCAACCGAAUAAUCGCAUGCAACCAGGUGAUAAGGAUUUCACGAUGCCGAAGCUCAAACUUAACAAAAAGACAUCCCUUACAGAAAUGGAAACUUCGAAGGAAUCACCAAACAACGAAGUCCUCGGAGAUGGAACCCUCAAUGAAAGCGCAUUGCACACUUCUGCCGGAAACUACACAGUUUCCAAUUACAUCCAGCCUGAAGAACACCCACCAAUCAGUUCGUCGUCCGGUGAGCCCGGCCGAUUGCGGAGAGUCGUUUCCCGGUGCAGCUUUGUCAACAUCUGCGAUGGGGAACUCCGGGCGGACGACUUAAAACCGGCGUCCGUAGAAAGCUACUCGUUUUGGGUGACUUUGCUGGGAUGCCUUCUUAUGUUACUGAGCUCGGUGACGCUGGCGGUUACAUUGCUGCUGAACUAUGAGCACUUGAUGGCCAUCUGGUAUGGUUGGCCCCAUGAUGAUCUUUUCCAGUCAGCUGGGAUGAAUGAGGGAUACUUUAGGAGGAUUGCGAAUGUGCUGUUGAAGAUUUGGAUGGGGUUGAAUCGUAUGAUCUUGAUUGACGAAUGAAAAAUUUGUAGAGCUUUAAAUAAAUACGUGCUUCUGGUGGGAAGAUUGAAAAA